AUGGCUGGCGGAAAUCCAACGUUCAUAAAUGUGUCCCAAAGAGAGUACAGCGAGCAAAGCUGGCGCGGCCGACAAUUAGCGGUGGUUCAGUCGCACUCUGCCUCAUUACGACACGGGCGCCGAAACCAACAGGCUUUGAACGAUCUUACAGCUGCGCCUCUCGAAAUAGCUGCAGCGCUUCGACCACAUGGUAAAACUGUGCAGCACCCGCAAUGCCUUUCAGCAGAUUCACUAGAAGUGCGCCAUACCCAGCGACAGCUUCAGCGCAUAGCGUUACAUGAUGGCUCGACACAAGAUGACUCUGUAUUUGAGAACACGGAACAGGAGGAUUUGUCGUUUGAGGACUUGAAUAAAAUCUUCCAGCUGGACGGAAAUGUCAGUGAGCGCGAAUGCUCACGCACCAUCUGCAACGCAGAACCGACCGAGACGUUACCAGUGUUGAUGGAACGGCCGUACGACAUCCACCAGCGUUUGCCACAACGAAAUGUACCCCUCAGGUCGUCAACGGCGACAAAAUGUACCACGAGACCAAGUCGCCCACAAAUUUGGGCGUCCCAGGCCGCGAUACUGCAAGGCACUGAUAAUGAUCACGGUCCUCGGCCUACAGAUGGGCAGGGCAGCGCACAUUAUAUUUUUCCGGCAAUUUCAGAGAUCACAUCAUCCUUAGAUCCUUUUAUUCGACUCCCUGUACAAGUGUCCGAAUCGGACAAAAGUCUUCUCCAUUUCUCUUCUUUCCCUCGAAAAGCACUUACCAUCAUGUAUCUAGCGAUGCUAGAGUAUGUCAGUGGGCGACAAGAUCUCCAGGAGAUGCAUAUCCAGGCUUUGGAUGAUUUCGUCGAAUCCAAUGGUGGUGUGGCAAUUUUCCGAACCCGGAGUGAAAGUCCCGAGAUCCUCCUCUGCAGUGCAAGAUCGUAUGUGACUCAAUUCGUUCGAGCUGAAGUGUGCCUUCCGACGAUAUCGCGUCUCCAGUCUACCGUCAGUCGCUAUCUUGAUAGUUUGGCUCAAGUCCAUCGCUGGGCGUCGAACUUCAGGGCACAGCUAUCUUCAGAAGCUGUGUCUCUUCCCCACUACCGCCUGAGACUUCGGCCGCUGAUUGACUAUCUUGGGCACCUAGGUCAGAUCAGAACCUCAGUUGAAAGCACGAGAGUUUGGGACGCAGCAUCAGGAGCGCAUUUCUGCGUUUAUUCUCUUGUGAUCACUCUGGUUGAAUUUACUCAUUCACCUGAGAAAGUUUUCGAAUUCCUGGAACAAGUUCAAGAAUGCAUGAUGGCAAGUGUUGACAAAGGCCUGCAAAAUGAAAGCGACCUCGAUGGUCUCCAUCCUUUCUCCACAGGUCAAAUGAUAGGUUACGUUCGUACACUGAUGUUCCGCGAUGUCGGCGAUGUGAAAGAGAUUCGUAUUUGUCGGGCGCAGGCAGAUGCACAGAAGGUAUUCGCUCUUUUAAGCCAGGGCCGCAGAGAUGAACUCGUUUCAUACUUUGUGGGCAGCGUACUCGCAUUGGACAGAACGUCCCGGACAAUAGGAGACAGGGACGUAGCUGCCAGUGCGACAAGUCGACAGAAGUUGAGCGCCGAGAUUCUGAAAGCCUGGGCACUGCAGCAGAGGAUGCACCAGGAGUGA